AUGGAACUGUUACAAGAACUUCAUUCCAAAAAUUUACUUCCAUCGUUGUUUGUUUUCGACCUUGACUUUACAUCGUGGCCACUAUGGAUCGACUGCGUCUCGGGUCCUCCUUUUAAAGCGGAUCCAUCUAAUCCCUAUACUGUCACUAUCAGUUCUGGUAAACCCAUUCGAUUAUAUCCCGACCUCCCAAAGAUUUUCCACCUGAUAAAAUGCUUUCCUGAUGUCAAGAUUGGGGUGGCAUCUCGCACCCAUAGAGGGGAUUGGGCUCGAGAGGUGAUGUCGAUAAUGCCCUUUCCCGAACUAAAUGACCAAGGAGAGAUUAUUUCCCGGGAAAACAAUGGGAAGUCAAAAGAUAAAUAUCGCACCUUUGCUGACGUAGUUGACUACGCCGAAAUAUACUCAGGCACCAAGUUAAAGCAUUUUCAGUCAUUGCACAAGACCACGGGAAUUCCGUAUGAUAAAAUGAUAUUUUUUGACGACGAAACGAGAAACAAAGAAGUAGAGGUACGGCUGGGUGUGCACUUUGCCUAUGUUUCCGACGGCAUCAGUUUGGAGUUGUUUUGUGACGCGCUUAAGGAGUUUGCAUUCAGAACGAAGGACUGA